GGAGCUGCGCUCCAGUCAGUACCAGCCCCUGGUAGGCCUUGCCAUGCACCUGACUGGGGCCUUUGUGCCAGAGACGGAGAAGAAGCUGGGACUGAGCCAGACCCCACCACCAGAGAGAGUGUGGGAGCAGCUGAGGCAGCUGGUGAGGUGCAGGGACACGGGUGAGGUGGGUCCCGCGCUCCAACCUGUCUACCGGCACAUGCAGGAAAACCUGAAGACCUUUGGGACUGCCCCAGAUGAUGCUGUGGUGUGGACCGGGGCUGGGUUUGUGCUGCCACGUGACGCUGUGCUGGGCUAUCCUGAGGAGCUGGAGCUGGGGAUGCUGGUGCCCCGGGUGCCCCCUGACUUCCUGCCCUACAGCUGCCUCUUCAGGGCUUGGGGGGUGGAGGCGACAGUGAGUGAAGAGAGGGCAGCUGCAGCCCUGCGCCGCCUGGGGCAGGACAUAGACACACGCAGCUCCAGAACCGGCACUGCAGCAGAGCUGCAGGUGGCUGUAGCUAUCCUGGCGUGGCUGAAGAGUCGGGGGCACCGAGGGGAGGGCACGGUGCCGGUUCCUGUAAGGCUCCAGGAGGGCUCGGGCUUUGCCCUCCGCCCGGCCGCCUCUACUGUGUACCUGGACAUGGGGCUGGAGGCGGAGGAGGAUGUUCAGGAGGUGGUGCACGAGGCAGUGCCGGCCAGCACAGCCACGUUCUUCGGCACGGAGCUGCUCAGUACGCGGGUGCUGGGCCCGGAGCCGUUCACACCCUGCGGCCCCUCGGAGCCCAUCACCUUACGGCUCCAAAACAUCCUCCGGGAGUACGGGGAGGAGGGCGACCUCUUCAUGGAGAUGGUCCAGAAUGCAGAGGAUGCUGGAGCUACUGUGUGCCGCUUUCUUCUGGACCUCCGCCACCGCAGAGAGGCCACCUCUGGGCUGCUUGACCCUGGCAUGAUUGCCUGCCACGGCCCAGCCCUCUGGGCUUACAACAACGCCCUGUUCACAGAGGAUGACUUCUGUAACAUCACACGGAUUGGGGCUGCUACGAAGGAGGGGCGGGCAGACCAGAUCGGGCGCUUUGGGCUGGGCUUCAGCUCUGUCUACCGUGUCACGGAUGUGCCAGCAGUGCUGAGUGGGGAGACACUGCUCAUCUUUGAUCCGAACGGCACCCAUCUGGAGAAGCACAUCCCCAGGGCUGGCUGCCCUGGCAUCCGCCUGGACUUCUCCAGGCGGCCACGCAUCCUCCGUGCCUUCGCUGAGCAGUUCUGGCCCUACCAUGGUAUCUUUGGGUGCCGCCUGCCCGAGCCAGGACCCUUUCCAGGGAGCCUUUUCCGCCUGCCUUUUCGCACGGAAGAGGAAGCUGUGACGUCGCAGAUUUGCUCGCAGAAGGUGAGGGAGGUGUCCCUGGAGACGCUGCCAGACGUGGCCACCUCUGCGGGGGAUACUGUGCCUGUGGCCACGCUGCGGCGGAAGGAGAUCCGGGACCUGGGGGCUCCUGGGGACCCCCCGGGCUGGGCAGCCAUAGAGCGGCUCACAGCCUGCGAGGAGGCAUCCAAGACCACGUGGCACUACCUAGUUUUGGUGUGCCCAGGUGAUGGGGAGUUGCUGGAACUGUUUCAGCAGAACACGCAGGCAGGACUCCAUCCUCCGCCUCCCAUGGCUGGCGUGGCCCUUCCCCUCGCCCUUACCGCGGACGGCAAGUGGGUGCCAAGCCCGGGUGCCGAGGAGGGACGAGUCUUCUGCCACCUUCCCAUGCCAGUCGCCUCAGGGCUGCCAGUCCACGUGCACGGGGCCUUCAGCAUCCUCUCCAACCGCAAGGGGCUGUGGGACACGGCGCAGCGGGGCGAGUGGAACCGGCUGCUGCUCCGCAAGGCUGUGCCCCUUGCCUGGCUCCGGGCACUGCGCCACCUGCGCACCAUGCAUGAGGCAGGUGAGCUGAAGAGCUACGAGUAUCAUGUCUUCUGGCCGGACGCUGACACUGCCCGUUACCCCUUUACUGAGGCUGUGACUGGAUUCUACCAGGCUUUGGCAGCCAGGGAUGGCCCCGGGCUGUUUUCUGACGGCCGCUCGUGGUGCUCACUGCAGGAUGCCCGCUUCCUGCACGAGGCUGUGGUCAGACACCCCACGCUGGGCGCUGUGGCGAAGCGUGUCUUUGCCUCCACCCUGCCCCAUCCCCUGCUAGCUGUGGCCUUGCCAGAGCAGGUGCAGAGAGGCCUCGGGAAGGCACUGGAUGCUGGCACCUAUGACUGGCCCCGUUUUUACUGCGAGCUUGUGCUUCCCAACUUGAAGGACCUCUCUGUUGUUGACCGGGACUCCCUGGUGCUCCACGCACUAGGUAUGUUGCAUGAUGAUGUGAACAAAAUGCUGCAGACAGUGCCCUGCAUCCCUGCCACCCCUCAUGGCCACCUGCAGUGCAUCAAUUGCCUGGUGCAUCCCAGAGGCCGCAUUGCCUCUUUGUAUGACCCCAAGGAUGGGCGCUUCCCCAUGGGGAAUUCCUUCCUCUCCCCGGAAAGACUAAGCCAACUGGAGAGGCUGGGCAUGAUGAAGGACACAACGACCUUGCCAGAGCUGCUGGAGCGAGCAAAGACGGUGCAGCUUAUCUGGACUGAGGACCGUGCCCAGGGCUGCCGGAGGGCUGCCUGCAUCCUUGAGCUGCUUCAGGAUGCCCUGGAAGAGAGGGUGACCAACACCAUGCAGGCAGCUUUCCAGACUGUGCCCUUCCUCCCUGGUACUCUGCCCACGGGAGAAUGUGUGCUGUUGCCAGCUGCCCAGCUCUACCAUCAUGUCGAUGCCCCGCUAGUGGGACUCAUCCACCCUGUCUUGGCUCCUAAAGCACUGGGGGAAAACUUCAGCCUCCCCAGGGAUGUUGUAUCCUUCUUGGGACUGGACCGGCAGCUGCCAGCAACUACAGUCCUCAAGCAGCUGCAGGCACUGAGCCGUAGCUCCAACGCUCUCUCUUUGGAGAACCUGCAGAACAGCACCCUCUGCUGCUACAGGUACCUGCACAAGCUGCUCGAGAAGGAUCGCUCCAGCUGGGACGAGGUGGCUUCUGCAGCGGCCCAAGGAGAGCCCUUCAUCUUGGUGGGCUCCCACUUUGUGCCGGUCACGGCUGUGGCUGAGGAGCUGUCAUUUGAGGCUGAACCCUAUCUUCACCAGCUCCCGAAGGAGUACCAGCCCUGCAGCCACCUCUGGAAGUGCGUGGGGCUGCGCCGCACCUUCGCCUGGGAGGACUACGCCAGAGUGCUCGGCGUCCUGGCGGAGCAGUGUGCCGGAGAGCCGCUGCCGGCCGCAGAGCUGGACCUGGCCUUGAGGCUGGUCAUUUUUGGCUUGAUGGCAGACGAUAAAGAGCCAGACGCCUACCAGACCCAGCAACUCUUUCUACCUGACCAGGAGGGCGUUCUGCGGCCGCGGGACAAGCUGCACUUUAACGAUACGCCGUGGAUGUCCUUGGACAGAGAUGUCCUGCUGUGCCACGAACAGCUGUCCCGAGCCACAGCUCUGCGCUGUGGGGUGCCCACCACACGCCACCGAGCACUGGAGAGGAACCAACUGCUCACAGAAGACCUGAGCCUCUGGAUGCAGCCAUUUGGUGCCUUUGAAGACUUACCUACACGGCUGAAGAACAUCUUGUGUGAGUACCCAGCGUCCGCUCACGAUCUGGUGAAGGAGUUGCUGCAGAAUGCGGACGAUGCUGGUGCGGGGCUUGUGCACUUCGUGUGGGACCGCCGGCAGCACCCAGUGGACACCACUUUCAGUGAGAACUGGAACCACCUGCAGGGCCCUGCCCUCUGCAUCUACAAUGACAGCCCCUUCCAACAGCAGGACAUUGAAGGCAUUCAGCGUCUGGGGGUGGGCAGCAAGCAAGGCCGGCAGGAUGUCACAGGCAAAUAUGGCCUUGGGUUCAACACUGUCUUCCAUUUUACUGACUGCCCAGCCUUCCUUACUGGAGACAGUGCCCUGUGUGUCCUAGAUCCCCAUUGCUACUACGUGCCCGGAGCCAAAACAGAGAAGCCUGGUGGAAUGUUUGGUGUCAACCCUGAAUUCAAGAAGGCCUUUCCAGCCAUUUAUAACACCUUCCUACCCUCCCACUUCGACCUGAGCCAGGGCGUCCUCUUCCGGCUGCCCCUCCGCACUGCAACUGGGGCUACCACCUCCAAGGUGUCUGACAUCGUUGUGCGGGACCAAGACAUUGCAGCCGUAAAGACAGUACUAGCUGAGGAAGGUGAAAACUUGAUGCUCUUCCUUCGGCACCUCCGCACCAUGGUCUUCUCUGAGAUCCCCCCAGAUGGGGAGGAGAUGCUGGAGAGGCUGCGGGUGGCCACAGAGCUGACAGAUGGUGAUGCAGAGCUGAGACAGGGUUUUCAAGCGAGACUGAGCCAAGAUGUGCAUGGGACCAGCCCCACCUCUGUCUCCUAUAUCAUGACAGUCAAAAAGAGCAAGGCCAGGGCCAGCACUGUGUGGAGGGUGAUCUCCCAAGUUGGGGUGCAGGAGGGGGCUGAAGGGUCUCCGGUGCCUGGGCGGCUACCCUAUGGGGCUCUGGCUGCCUGCCUGAAGCCAUUGAGCUUCAACAAUGUCAUGGGCAAAGCUUUCUGCACCCUUCCACUGCCGCUGACCACAGGGCUGCCUGUGCACAUCAACGCCAACUUCUCUGUGGAUGUGGCUAGACGCAACCUCAGGCAGGACCCGGGCAGCACAGAGGCAGACUGGAAUGGCUUCUUGCUCCGACACUUGGUGGCUCCACUAUACUGUGCCUUUCUCACCAAGCAGUGGAAGUCCCUGGGGCCAGAAGAGCUCCAGUUUGAGUCCCUGGAGGUCUGCCAGAAAUGCCUAGACUCCCACUACCUCCGCUUCUUCCCUACUGUGACAGAGGUACCACCUAUCUUUCAGGACCUGGUGAGGGACGUCUACAGGCACCUCAGCCAUGCACGCCUGCCUCUGGUGCCUGUGUACCACGUGAAGCCACCUGACAGCAUGGUGACAGUGACCUGGGCAUCUCCGGGUGGUAGAGAUGUGCUAACAGAGCCGUACUUCCUCAAGGAGAAGCCUAAGCCAUGUCUCCAGGAGGUGCUGCAGCACCUGAACAUGAACCUGGUGCCAGCGUUCUCCCACCUGCGGCAGAUGUACAAGGAGUUCGUUGAAGCCCGUGUGGAGGCCGUUGCCUUGGAGCCAGCCUCGCUCCGCCUGCUGAAGCACUGCCUGGAGCCCGAGGACACGGACAAGGCGGAACUGGAGGGCCUGCCCUUGCUGGCCACACAAGAUGGCCACCUGAAUGCCCUCAGUACCCACCACCCAGUCUUCCACAGCUCCCACGCCCACCUCUUUCCCCAGCACUGCCACCGCUUUGCCGACCGCUUGAUUUCUGACUUGCUCCUGCCUUGCUUUGUGAAGAGGCUUAGCCUCCUGGAGGCCACGCCACUCAUCCAGGAGGCACUGGGUCAGCUGAACUGGUCCACAGAGGGGGAGAAGUGGCUCAGGGGGCUGUGGAGUUUCUUCAGUACUGUGGUCUUCACAUCCGAUAAUGACAAACGGGAACUGGAGGCAUUAAUGCAUCAUCUCCAGGAUGUGGCAGUGCUGCCUAUUCGUGGGGAUGGGACAGGCUGGAAGUGCCUGCCGUUAUCCUCCCUCCCCAAGGUACUUUUUGACUGUGACACGAGUGAGGCCAGGGUGCUGCACAAACUGGGCAUCCCUGUGCUCCACAAGUCCCUGCUGCCUUCAAUGUUCGCCAAUGACUACCUGAAGACGAGGGCGCUGCAGGCCACAGAACCCCAGGCUGUGCUGGCCCAGCUGGCACACGCUAGAGCUGAUCUCCACUGGGGAAAAUUAAACGACUUGGAUGUGAACGUCCUGCUGCACUUUGUGCAGGGGAAACUGGACACGUCGGCACUGCAGCAGCUCCGGCUCCUGCCCCUCUUCCGCAGGUACGGCGGGGGCUAUGUCCCUGUGGCACCGUACCGCAAGGUGCUGCUGCUCACCAGCCGGUUCCCACAGCUGCCCCCGGGUGUCCAAGCCCUGUACAGCCUGGAGGGGGGCACGUUGCUGCUCACAGCCAACGAGAUCCACCAGCAGCUGGCCAAGGCUUUGCAGUGGGAGCCCACGGACGACAAGCAGCUCUUCAUGACCGUGGUUCUGCCUCGGCUUUCCCAGCUCAAAAUGCAAGAGCUUAAGGAAGCUCUGCGCUUGUUCUUUGAACUGCAACACAUCUGUGACCAUAAGUCCAGGAAAGCUGUUGUGGCAGCUUUUCAGAACGUGGCCUUUAUACCCGAUGCCAAUGGUGUGCCACGCAAGGCCUCCUACUUCUACAAAAACACACCCUCCUUCUGCACCGUGCAGCUCCAGCACCGCUUCGUGCCCGAGUCUUUCUUUGGGGGUCUAGGCCACAUGUGGGAAUAUGCCAAGGAUUUCCUGCUUCAGGUGGGUGUCCGCAGCAGCCUCUCUGUGGAGGAUUUCGUGGCACUGGCCCAGAAGAUAGAGCGUGAAGCCGCUCAGGCCAAGUGCCACGCUGAAGGCCUGCGGGCACGACAGCAGGAGAUGAUCAACCAGCUUGGCAUCCUGGUGGAAAAUCCUGUGCCAGAGAGUUUCCUGGAGCAAAUUGCCUCAAUUCACUUCCUGCCUCCACUGGACAUCCCCUCAACCUUGAGGGACCUCCACCCCCCUUUUGCAGCCUGCACUAAGCCCGUGGCCCUGAAGGGCAGUGUUUGCUGGCAGGAAGACGUGGCUGAGCUCCUGUGGACAUCAGCCACUAUUCUGCCGAAGUCCUCUGUGCUGAAGAAGGAACUGAAGGUCCUGGAGGCCAUGGGAGUCCUUGUAGAGAUACCCACUGCCAUGGUGGUGGCCAACCUGGAGCAUGUGUGCAGGGCAGCCUGCGGGAAACCACAGCAGGUGACCACACGGGCCAGUGUGCUCCAGAAGGUGUACAGCUUCUUGCAGACCCACCUGAAUGAAGUGGAUGCAGGGCACCUCGCUGAGCUCCCCGUGGUGCUGGCCAAGUCAGGGCACAUGGCCGUGCCACGACACGUGGUGACAUCGCUUCCAGACGAAGGUGACUUUUACCCCUAUCUCCUCGUGCUUGACCCCCACAUGGCUGUCUAUGGAGAACUCCUGCAACACCUUGGGGUGGUCCUGCUCCCCACACUGACUCACUACAGCUGUGUCCUGGCCCAAAUCCACCAGGAGAGCCGUGUCAAUGGGAUCCUCAAUACCAGACAGAAGAAGGCAAGGCUCCCGCCCCGCCUGCGGCCACAGGCUCUCUCGGAGGUGACGGAGCAGCGGCUGGAGGAGGGCAGUCUGCGGCCAUGCCGCUACGGGCCUCGCUGCCCCGGGCAGAGGCGUCUGCAGACCCUCCUGGUAUCACCCUGGUUUAGGAAGGGGCUGGACGCCCUGCUCCGGUGGCAGAGUCACAGGGCUAUGAGGAGAGUGGAGGGGGACGGCGGCUUUUCAGCGGAGCAGCUGAAAGUGCAGUGCUGCGAGGACAUCCGCACCGUCCUGGUCCACCGUGGUGCCAAG